AAUAGAGACUCGUUGAAAUGGGAGGAAUACUGUACAAGCAGAUGGCACUCGUGCAUUUGUAGUAGCCUGAUGCAUAGUAUGCUGAGUAGAGUAAUUUUGGUGUCUGAUGUGAAAAGCAAAGUUUCUCUUCUUAUUGAUGUUAGAAUGUCUGAAUGCGAAAAGAAAAACCCAAAGCUCCUCCUUGUGCCAAAGAAAACUAAAUCAUCCAUGGCUGGUCUGCUGUUUCCCGUGGGUCGUGUCUACAGGCUCCUUAAGAGAGGCAGCUAUGCUGACAGGGUUGGUCCCGGCUCUGCCAUCUACCUGGCCGCGGUGCUGGAGUACCUGACAGCGGAGAUCUUGGAGCUAGCAGGGAACGCUGCCCGGGAAAACAAGAAAUCCAGGAUCCUGCCCCGACACAUCCAGCUGGCUGUGAGAAAUGACGAGGAGCUGAACAAGCUCUUCUCCUGCGUGACCAUUGCUCAAGGAGGAGUGCUACCUAAUGUUCUUCCUGAGCUUCUGCCUAAGAAGACCAUGUCUCUUAAACCACCCCACAAAAGUGUCCGGUCACAGGAGUUCUAGCUGCCACCAGGCUCUUGAGCUUGUGUUGCUGCUAGUGCUGGUAUCUUCCGCAGCCUGGACCUCUACAUGCUUUUUGGCAACUUUGGUUUACAUUCGUGUGUGUACCUAGGUGCAUGUCUGAGAAGUGCUAAAGACAGCGUUGCUAGUUUGGUUUUCCUAUGUCCCUCAAAAGAAAGUUAACAGACUACUUUUAUGAAUACCUAAGUGUAAAAUGGACUCAUGUUGGUCUUCUCUCCUUCUAUAAAAUAUUUGUUGCAUCAUUUUCUUCCCAGUGUAGUUAUUUAGGGAAACCUGGCCUAUUGUCUUUAAAGAAUGGGGGUGGGUAGCUGGGAUCUACUUACUCAAUAUGUGUGAGAGUCUGCUUCAUCUGACAACUGUGCCCAUGAAGAGGUCUGAAGUGAACUAUUUGGUGUAAGUAGAUGCACUCAAGAGACUUACACUGGACUUCCUUAUACAUCAGCUUUACUGUCCUUAUAAUCUUCUCUCAUCUUUGGAUGCUGAAGUAGGGCUGUGCUGUAACUUCAGAGUGUCGCCACACACGCCUUGGUCCAAGGAUAGUGUUGGAAUUGUUCUCCUAAGCUUCUGCAUUCAUGGAGUACAUUCUGAGGAGUCUUCAACAGACAGUGUAUAAACAUGGUCAGUGUUUGAGCCUUAAAGAUCUAGGAAGUCGUCUUUUAGAUUGCAUCCUGAUGAGAUGCUCCUUAGUUUCUUUGAGGCUUGUUCCAUUAGGAUCCGGAUCAAGCAAAGCUAUGCAUUAAAGGGCAAUCCAGAAAGUAGCCUUUCCCAGAACCUUCCAACUCGUGUGCUACAGCUACACGGUUUGAAAGGCUACUUAAGCACUAUUGGGUUUUUACUCUAGAUUGUAAUACCAGUGAGGACGUACCACAUUUGUUGUGCUACAGGUUUUAUUUAACAGCUUCACCAGCAGGAUGCCACUUAAAUUCUAGGACAUUACAAGUGCAUUAUCAGCCAUUUGAAUUUCUCUACUUAUAGCACAGCAUCGAAAGACCCUACUGUCUACUAGGUUCAGAUAUAUUAAUCUGUUCAGACAAAAAGGUUAUUUGGAGAACUGCCUUCACAUUGACCCUACUAGGCCAAGAUUUGGGAGCCUGUGUUUGUUGAGUUUGCCCCAUAGUCAUCCAUAAGGUGCUGCUGCUUUCUGUAGUGCAACUUGGAAAAACUCCUUGUUUUUCUGGUCUUGAGGGUAUUGGGAACACUUGAACUGUUUGCAGAGAGCUCUUCUUGUUUAGGCAGGCUAGAGAAUUUAAAUGGAAGAUGGGAAGCCAGGAAAAAGCAAUCGUGGGACUGCAGUUGGAGGACUUUCAGUAUGUAAAACCUCUAGCAUGUGGGUACGCUGAAAGCUCCUACUAGAGGCAAGGCCAUGAAAAGACAAAUAGAGGAGAGUCUGUAGGUAUCGGGUCAGUCCCAGUAUAACUGGCUGCUAUGAGUACUGGAGAUGAGUGGUUUAUAGUGUGGGUAGUGGAUGAAUGUUGUUUAGAGGGCAGCCGGAAGAUCAGCCAUUGCUAGCUGUGUAAUCAUAAGCAAGUUUCUCCAGAGAUUCAGAGGGUGAUAUGGUGCUGAAGCGCUGACCUGUGUAAUAAACCGUUGCCUUGGAAAGUAACAGCAGCUCCUUAGGGGGCUGCUGGAUGUUUUUCUACAGCAGUUUCAGUCAACACUGACAAUAUGAGCUGUGUUUGAAGAAAAACAGUCCCUUGUUCCCCUGUCAGGCUGGUGGUUACAUUUUGUGCUGUGUUGGCUCAGAGACCGGCUUCUGGCUCAUCCAAGAUGCUGCCCACAGCACGGGUGCUCGAGCAGCAGCAUGGGCUCAUGCAGCUCCUGCAGUGCUGCACUGCUCCCUCUGCUGGGUCAACACAGCUGCUCGCAGCAUCUGCUGGCCUCAUGCAUGUUAAGUUUCUUUGCUUUGGACUUGGUGGCUUUUUUUUCUUCCUAAAAAGCAAAACCCGUGGCUUUUCAGCAAGCUACUCCUGUGCAUGCU